AUGUCGGAAAAACCGCGAAAGCUUCAGCGCGUCUCUAUGGCCUGCGACUUUUGCCACAGACGCAGCAUCAAAUGCAGCCAGAUCGGGGAUUCUCUAGGACGCUGUCAAAAUUGUGUUGACUUCGAUGUGCCGUGCACUUUUGAUCGUCCCGCAAAACGCCGGGGCGUCAAGGCUGGUACUCGGCCGAGUGUUCGCGAUCCUCAAUUUGUGAGAUCAUCAGUCAAUCAUGCUAUUCCUACAACAGAGACUGCAGGUGGCGGAAGAGCCUCUGGCUCCUUGACUUCUCGUAGUCCGUCCCGCACAUCGAUCUGCGGUGAUCCCUGGUCUACCUUUAACCAUGGCUGGUCAACAGCCGAAGGGGAUAACGAUGACAGGGCGCUGCACAACUCUUGGAAAGCAUUUGCUAUUGCCUGCGAACGGCAAAUCAGGAAUCUAGCACAGGCUUAUUUCGAGAUCGUCUAUCCAAUGUAUGAUAAGUCCCUGUCCCCUUCGCUGACUGCGUUGACUGAGCACAUCAUCACCAGAUUCCCCUUGUUUCACAAGCCGUCAUUCAUAGAGCAGGUGAACAGCAAGAAGUACCUUUGCAACCAAGGGCUCUUUGCCUCCACGAUGGCUGUUUGUUCUUUGGUCGCUGGUCGUGCACGUGACGGUGCGUUGUACGCUAAUCGGUGGGAUCGAGACGAGCUUAUAGAACCACCCUCCGAGACUUUCUUUAUAGCUGCUAGGGACUCGAUUCCUCGAGAUCUUGUCGCAGCUAAAGGCAUUCAUUAUAUGCGGGCAUGUGCCAUACUUGCUAUUGUCAGCAUUCAAAACUACCAGAUUAAAGAUAUGCAGAAGUAUAUCGGCUUAUACCAUACCUUGAGUUCGAUGGAUGGCCUUCAUGACGAAAAGCUCUGGCCAAAUGAUUUGAGUCCAAUUGAGACAGAGGAACGGCGGCGACUUUUUUGGUCUAUUUAUACGUUUGAUAUCUAUUCGACCAUUAUAUGGGGAGGCGUUAUUCGAUAUCGUGAAGCCCACUGCUUAGUGCGCUAUCCUAGCGAAGUAGACGACGAAUUUAUCACACACCACGGCUAUGGCGUACCGUCUAUACCCGAGGGAUCACAUUCGCUUCCAACAGGCAACGUGACUGUCGUCUCCCGCCAGCCUACGCCCUGGCUGCGGGGUUGGAACUUCACCACGGACCUUUACCGUAUUCUUGAGCAUAUAGUCGAUGGAAAUAAACGCCGCAUCUCUUCGAAUAACGGGACGACGCAAGUUUGGUCACUGUUCAAUCCUACUUCUAUGUCAGAGCCGGCGGUCAUGGAGCAAGUCCUUACUAUGUACUCAGCUCUUCCAUCACAAUUUCGAGAAACGCCGCCCACUACAGGAGAUAUCUCUAAGGAUUUAUUCGGUUUCCAAUCAGCCAACAUUCAGGCGACGCUACAACUUCUUCGGAUGGUGCUCUUGUCUACCGAGGAAAUUGGGGUGGAGCGAAAAUGCGAUGUAGCAGGCGAACUACUGAGCGUUUUUUCGAAUGUACCCAUUGAGUACUUGAAAGCUAUCAGCUCCCCUUUGCUCCAUCACCUCGGCAGAAUUGGCUACAUUCUUGGCUCUGUCAUGGAAGGGAGCUUGUCUGAAGAAUCCUACACACGAGCUCGCACAUUACUGCUUGAAAUGGCAGAUCUCUUACAGCGUCUCGAAGUGGGCCUACAUCGUGCCUCCGGUGCCGGUGAACGAUUGCGAUCCCAGGUUGAUCGAAUAGAUGGCUAUAUGCGUACCUCACUUCUCGUCAAUAUAAAUUCACCAACUAACGCGACGCAUGUGAUCGACGCGAAUCCCGAGCUUGCUGCCACGCCGGCGUAUGCACAGGGGACCUCCACUGUCGGAGCUUCGCCUGGUGCUGGUUUCGACCAGAUGUCUCAAUUUCAGCUGCCACCAGAACUUCUCUCGGAUUGGCCAUGGCCGCUGGAUUCUCACAAUGCCGACGGACUUCUGCCUCUUUCAUUUGAAUAA